AUGCCCCCCAAGCUCGGUGCCACCUUUGUCCCUGGCGGCUUCGACGAUUAUUACCUGCCAGAAGUAGUGGCACCCUCUCCUCAAAGGGUCACUCCCCAGGUGCCGCAGGCCAUGCAGGACGACAUACAGCGAAUGGAGCUAGAGGCUGGAGACGUUCCCCCGCGAAGAGACAGCGACGGCGCCUCACACCAAACCAGCGAACCUUCGACAUAUUCGCAGCCGUUAUAUGCCGCCUCCGCAGCGACCUCCGACCAAAGCAAAAGAACCAGCGACUCUGCAAAGCAGUAUGCUAGCGCCUACCAAAAAGACGAUUCGCUUUCCGACCGCCUAGACUCGAUAUCCUUGGAAGGCGCCCCGUCCUUCUCGCCGUUUCCUAAAGUGGUAGGGGACAAUAUCCCGCCUGGAGAUGACGCCAAAGAAGAGAUUCUUUGGAACUCACGCAAGCACGUCCUCCACUCGCAGAAUGUCGCCAUGCAAAUCAGCUGGGCUAGAGACGUUCUCAACUGGGUCGAAAUUUCUGUCGAAGCUGCGGCCCGCGAGAAUGCUGGAGUGCCACGCCCAUCAACCCCUCGCACCGAGCACGAGCUCCGUAUCGACGCCAUCAACGUCGUCAACUAUCUCGCCGACCAAGAGCACCCCGAUGCAUUAUAUAUGCGCUCCAAGUGGCUGGAGUUUGGAAAAUUCGGAAAUAGAAUUGACAAGCGGGAAGCAUAUAACGGAUACGCCCGCGCCUCCGCCCUCGGACAUACUAGAUCCGACUAUCGCAUCGGCAUGCUCUACGAGCAAUCCAACGAAAUUUCCAAAGCAAAGGAACACUACUAUAAGGGCAUGAGCCUUAAGGACUCGGCUGCUCUCUACAGAAUGGGGAUGAUGAGUCUGAUGGGACAACACGGCGAGUCGAAGGACUAUGCUGGGGGGCUGGAGCGAAUUCGUCUCGCCGCUGAAAGCUCAGAUGAAGAUUUUCCCCAGGGCGCCUACGUGUAUGGCAUGCUUAUCGCACGCGAUCUGCCCAAUAUCACUCUACCGGAAGGCUUGCUCCCCCCCAACAUGGAAACUGCUAGGAUGUACGUCGAAAAGGCAGCAUACCAGGGAUUCUCCCAAGCACAGCUGAAGAUGGGUAAAGCAUAUGAGCUCUGCGAGCUCGGCUGCGAAUUCAAGCCUGCAUAUUCGCUGCAUUACUAUGGUCUUGCCGCUAAGCAAAACCUUCCUGAGGCGGCACUGGGCGCGAGCCGAUGGUUCCUUUUUGGCUACGAGGGAAUCUUUAAAAAGAACGAGGAGCUCGCCUACAAAUAUGCCCGAGAGGCCGCAGAGGCCAAGCUACCAUCCGGAGAGUUUGCAAUGGGAUACUACCAUGAGAUUGGUAUUCACGUCAACAAGAGCCUCUCUGAGGCGAAGACAUGGUAUGAGCUCGCCGCCGAGCAUGGAAACACCGAUGCUAUCGGCCGAUUGGAAUCUCUCGAACAGGAUAAAACCCUGUCAAAGAAAGACCACGAAACGACGACGCUCACUAGGAUCAAGUCCCAACACGGCUCAAUGCGGGGCAAGCGACCGGAGCGUUUUGCUCAAGCCCCAAAACAACAUUUACCUACUCUGAAUGAGGCCGAAACUGGCGGCAAGCGCUCUAACGGCGUCUCCCCUAUGCCAUCCCCGGGCGCCAAGCCCACCAUCGUCUCAGAACACGCCGACUUCCCUGAUCCGUCUCGAGCUUCUGUACUGGGUGGUCUCGAUACUGCUCCCGCUUUUAGCCUCCGCUUGGAUUCGAAGCCCGACCGACCGCACUCCGCAGCGCCAUAUCCCGUUGAUGAUCACCCCGCGCCCCUAAAUGUGAAUCGACCCAAGUUCAGUGCACCAUACCCUGAUGAUGAGCCCGCCGGAAGUUUUAUUCAGCCCUCCCAAGGACUUGGUCCUCAAGCAGACCGCCCAUUGAGCGCAUUUGGGAUCCGCACGUCGAGCAUCAGCGGCGGCGAGGUGCCCAUCAACCCCCAGGCUGGCAACCGGUACCCUAGCGGUUCAACCAAUGCUGGUCGUGGUCAACCCGGACCAGGCCCUGGUGGCUAUCGACUACCACCCGCUGGUACCCAUCCUGGUGAAAUGAAUUACCAGCGACCCGCCACAACACAGCCAUAUCCCAGCGAUACUUCGCCUCCAAACAAGCUGCAGCACCCCCCACGUCAGUCGUACGGAGGGAUCCCCCCUGCUGGCUCGCAGCAGGGAUACGAGUUUGCACCCCGAACUAGCUCGCGGCCUCAGCAUGACGCACCUCCUCCGCCACAACAUAUGGGCCAGCAGACAUACUCAGCACGAGUUCCGCUGGCUGCCGUUGGUAGCACUGGGAGACCAGAUAGAUACGGGUCUUUACCACCUCAAGAUCCCAGACAAUCCAGAGUAUCCACAGGGUUGGGCACACCAGACUCAUCGCGUCACAGUAGUGGUCCAAGCCCCGGACCCGGAGUACCAGCGCACGGUCGAGUAGCCACAGCACCGCCGGGAGGAUCCCGGCCGCCGCCACCGAAAGCUGAGAAACCUGCUGCUUCUACACCGAAGCCCAGCAAAGGCCCCGCCACUUUCGAAGACAUGGGCAUCCCUCAGGGUAAAAACGACGGCGAUUGCGUUGUCAUGUAA